AUUUGUAGCUUAAUUACAGGAGUUUCGGCGGUCCAUGGCGGAUUGAAUUUCUGAAAAUUGAAAUUAUUAUUUAAAUUUUAAAAAUACGCAUUACAACACUGUAGAUUUGUUUGUGUCAACAUGAAAAAAGAAAACGAAAAUAUACUAAAUUUUUUUAAAAAUUUUCCAUUUCGAAAAUUCCACCAAAUUAUGCAAAAGUAUAGCAGCUCAACGGCAUGAACUCGGUUGUUGAAGCAUCGGAUAUACCAUAUGGAAAAUUCAAAAUCUUAUUUAUCAACGUUUUUACAAUAUUAUAUAAAGCGGCCACAUUAAGUCCGCGUAAACUUGGCUUGGAUUUGAGAACAAUUAAUAACGCGCUCGAAAAUUCCUGUUGCAACACUUUACAAUCGCAUUUGCACAUGAUAUUUGUAUCACUGCUCAUUUUAGCGAAAUUCAUUUUUGGUUAUGUGGGACUUGCGGCCAACAUUAUAGCAUUAUUUCCUAUUUUGUCGGAGGAAUUUGGCGAUCUUUUGGUUCCAUCAAUUUACGCCCAAUUCGUGGAGAAUAUAAUAUUCACCACUUUAGAAGUAAUAGUCGGUGGUUUAACGAUACGCUACUGCAUGCCAUGCAAAAUAUCUCUAUUCAGCAUAUUUUUGGCAAAAAAUAUAAUACAAAUUACCGUUGGCAUAUCAGCGCUCAACAUAUACACAGACCUUCAUCAAAGUCUCAUGUACCAUGUAGAAGGAACUGACUCGGAUAUUGAAACAAAUGAGACGGAAUUAUUUUUGAAAAAAGAAAGUUUCAUUUAAAUUGGAAGCUGAUAAAAAUUACAACAAAAAAAUUUUUUAAAAUUUUUUAUUGCCCCACAAUUGUGUUCAAUUUAACUUACCGGCGGUGUUUUGUUGACAUCAAUGAUUUGUAUAUUAAGCAAACCACGUCCCUGUUGCACAGUGGGCGCUGUGCUGUCCGUAACAAGUACGCUAAUUCUUAUGACCUGAAAGAAAAUAAAGAAAUUAUUGCAUACAAAUUCUCUAAUA